AAGAUGGUUGCUGAGGAAGGUUCAAGAAACAUACAGUGUGAAGCUGAUGCAAACAUGCCGAACUCACUGUCUUUGCCAAUCUCUGCAAAAUCUAGUUUGGUGAACAAUACAUCCACAACUAAUUUACCUUUAGAAAGUGCUGUACAAACUUCGAAAGAAGAGGGAUGCAUAGAUAUUUUGCCCUUGGAACUACAUGCAACAAAUAUGGACAUAUCUUUGAUAAAACCAUGUCAGUUGAAGGGUGAUUCUGUCUUAGAGACAGUACAAAUAGCAAACCACCAAUCUGAAACUGGAGGCUAUACAGCAAUGGAUGAAUCUGUGGCCACAAACACAGAGCAGAAUACUUGUGUAAAUAUAGCAAGAACACAGGAAACGAAUAGUGCAAAUGUCUUGUGCCAAGACCUUGUUGAUGAUGAUGAGACUCAUCACCAAGGAAAUAAAGUCCAUGCUAAGCAAAUUAUUGAGAAGGAAGACACCAAAAUCCAUGAUAUAAUACAUGGGAAAAUUGCCCUUUCUCCAAAAUCAGAAUCAAAUAAGGUCUUUUCUGCAGAAGAUUCAAAGUGCAUUAGCAAAAAGAAUGACAAGAAUGCAAAUCAAGAUAUUUGUGACACUUCACUGAAAACUGACAUCCAAGAUAAUAGCACCAGUGGCUUAGAUAAUAUCAGCAUGGGAAGUGCAAAUAGUGAAGAGAUGGACAAUAAACUAAUUAACUUUUUUGGUAGUAACAAUAGUUUCUAUAAGGCAGUGCAGAGAAUCAACAAAGUGGGUGCCAUAGAAAAGUCUGCUAAGCAUUCUAAAUUUUUAGCUUUUCCCAAGAUGGCAUCCUUCAGGAAAACUAAGCUAACAUCUCCUGAAAAUCAAGAUGACAUGAAAACUAAGGAAGUAACAUUAUAUAGAGAUAAAGCAGAUGAAGCAGAAGGUAGUUGGAAAUACCCCAAUUCCUCCAGUUCUUCUUUGCAAAACAAGGAACACUGCCUUGCAGAAUAUUCAGAUGAUGAUGAUUUAUUCUAUGAAAGACCUGCUGGACUUUUCAGUAGAAUUAGCCUGAGAAAAGCUUCCAGCUCUGGUCAGACACUCUUGGAAAGUGCAGGCACAUAUUCUUCUUCUCCCAUGUUAGCCAGAGUGAAAUAUGGGGAAGGAACAAUUUUAGGAUUUGUAGAGAACAACAAUAAUGAAUUCCCUGAGUACCCUGAAGUCUGCAAAUCUUCACCUGAGAAUGACUUUAAAAGUAACAGAAGCACAGAUAGCAAAACAUUCCGGAGCCGAUUGGCCUUGGCCCACAGAUCCCUUUCAAGUUUCUUUGAAUCUAAAACUCUGGAAAAGGAAAAUGCUCAACAGAGUCCAAAGAUUUCAUUAAAAGAUGAAAAAGAAAAAGUGAAAACGCACCAAACGUCUUGGAAAGCAUUCCUGAAAAGCAAGGAGGCAGAUAGCCUGAAGCAAAGUCCUUGUUCAAACAGGAGCUCUGGAAACUUUGGUAGAAGAACAUCGAAGGAAAAAAAGGAGUAUCACAAUGGACAAGAAUUCUUAAUAUGCAAUGUUUCUAAUGGCUCAUCUACAGAAGAUGGGCAGUCUGAUGCCUUUGGGCCUGCUGACAUUCUGCCUAUAGACACCAGAAGGAGGAGAAGAGAGUCAUCUCAUAGCCCAGAUUGCAGUGGGAAAGAGAAGAUAAUGGUGAAUGAUGGGAAUACUUCCUACGAAGAAUUCUGGCUGAAAUCUCCAAAUAGCCCAAUUGAUCUUCAGUCAUCAUUUUCUCAUUUCACUCCUUCUUGCCCCCACUUGACAAUGUAUGAACGUAAAGAUAUGCCAUGCAGGCCUAUGAGUCCCAAGCCACAAAGUCCUCGAACUGGUCAUCAGCGUAUGGUCUUCCAUUAUCCUGGCAAAUUAAGUUCAACUUCGUUGAUAUCUCUUGGAAAUAUCUCUGUUAUUGAUGGCAGUUUGGAAGCACCUGAGAGGCCAAAGACAUUGAAACCCAGAUCUAGUUUCUUGCAGUCUAUGCACUCAUUAGAUAAUGACUAUUUGAGAGAAGACAGUGGGAUAAGCAGCCAGUCACAGAUCAGCUUAAACACUACUACUUCAAUGAGUGAUAUAAUCAGAGAUGAGGAACAUUCCCAACAGAGCGAAAUCUCAUCAGAAAAGAGGUCAGGUGAAAAGCAUGGUCUCCCUUACAGAAAGAGGUCUAUUCAGAUGCCAGGGUCUCUGCAUUCAAAUAUAGAGGAGAAGGCCUGGAUGCUUCCCUUCUAUGUCCAGGAGGGAAAGAUAAAAAGGCUCAUCCAGCAGAAGAGGCACAGAUCCCUGUACAAGUGCUUCAGCUUCGACGAUACAUGGAUGGAGAGAAAGCGGAAAAGGAAGUUUGUGAAAGAGGCACAGUCAGACAGAGAGAAUGAAUCAAGUAACUUCUCAGAAGAUCAACUAAAUGUUAAAAUGAAAUCCGUUACUUCUCCAGUGGCCACUGAUGCCCUUCCUCUCAAGUUGCACCUCUAUUCCCAGAGCACACCUACAGGACUAGACUGCAUGGGCUUGAGGCAAUGCAUCACCUUUUCUGUAAUUGCUGAUGGAUCACUAGAGAAGACCAGUGAUGAUAUUGGGAGUGAAGAGGAUUUGUAUGAAGAUUUCCGAAGUUCGAGUCAUCGUUAUGGCCACCCAGGUGGUGGAGGAGAGCAACUUGCUAUUAAUGAGCUCAUCAGUGAUGGUGGUGUGGUCUAUGCAGAAGCACUCUGGGAUCAUGUCACUAUGGAUGACCAAGAACUAGGUUUCAAGGCUGGUGAUGUUGUUGAAGUAAUGGAUGCUACUAACAAAGAAUGGUGGUGGGGCAGGAUAACGGAGAAUGAAGGCUGGUUCCCAGCCAGCUUCAUACGGCUCCGAGUAAACCAGGAUGAACCAAUGGAAGACUAUCCUCUGAAGUUAGAAGAUGGUCGGGAAGAAGAUGCAAGAAAUGCUGCCCACCGCUAUGGAAUCGGGCACACAACCAAGGAUCAAAUGAGAACCAAUGUUAUUAAUGAAAUUCUAAGCACAGAGAGAGAUUACAUCAAACACCUAAAAGACAUCUGUGAGGGCUAUAUAAAACAAUGCCGUAAAAGAGCAGACAUGUUCACAGAAGAGCAGCUGAAGUCUAUAUUUGGGAAUAUUGAGGAUAUCUACAAAUGCCAGAAAAAGUUUGUUAAAGCCUUGGAGAAGAAAUUCAACAAAGACUGCCCACACCUAAGUGAGAUUGGCUCCUGCUUCUUGGAAUAUCAAAAUGAGUUCCAGAUCUACUCGGAAUACUGCAACAACCACCCAAAUGCCUGUAUGGAGCUUUCCCGGCUUGCCAAAGUGAACAAAUAUGUCUAUUUCUUUGAAGCCUGCCGUCUCCUUCAGAAGAUGAUUGAUAUCUCUCUGGAUGGUUUCCUCCUAACGCCAGUGCAGAAAAUUUGCAAGUAUCCCCUACAGCUUGCAGAACUGCUGAAAUAUACCAAUCCACAGCAUAGGGAUUUUAAAGACGUUGAAGCUGCUUUGAAUGCCAUGAAAAAUGUAGCACGGCUCAUCAAUGAAAGGAAGAGGCGUUUGGAAAAUAUAGAUAAAAUUGCUCAAUGGCAGAGCUCAAUAGAGGACUGGGAGGGUGAAGACGUCCUUGUUAAGAGUUCUGAACUCAUCUACUCUGGAGAGUUAACCAAAAUUUCCCAGCCGCAAGCAAAAAGCCAUCAAAGAAUGUUCUUCCUCUUUGAUCACCAACUUGUAUGCUGCAAGAAGGAUCUCUUACGGCGUGACAUCCUCUAUUAUAAGAGUCGGAUCAAUGUGGAUCAUAUGGAGAUUCUGGAUGUGGAAGAUGGGAAGGAUAAAGAUUUCAAUAUCACUGUUAAGAAUGCAUUCAAACUGCAUUGCCAGGACACUGAAGAAGUCCAUUUAUUCUGUGCAAAGAAACCAGAACAGAAGCAGCGCUGGCUCAAGGCAUUUGAGAAUGAAAGGAAGCAGGUUCAGCUUGACCAGGAAACUGGUUUUUCCAUCACUGAAAUGCAGAAGAAACAAGCUAUGCUUAAUGCCAGCAAACAAAAUCAGAGUGGAAAACCAAAAGUGGUCACCAGGACAUACUACGAUUUCUUGAUGCGCCAGAAACACCCUACUCUGCCGACAAACCUUCCACAGCAGCAAGUCUUCAUGCUGGCAGAGCCCGCGCAAACCUUCAAACUUCUGGCAGAAUAUCAGCAGGCUGGCACCAUUUCGAAAAUAAGGGGAAGCAGCCUGACCUUGUGCCUGAAUCCCUUUCAAGAAAGCACUUUAUGCUUCAGCCCUGCAAGCCCAAGCACUGCCUCCACCUCCUGGCUUAGCAUCCCCCGUCCGCCUUUACUUUGGAUCAACUGGAAGAGCUUCAAAGUGUUCAUGACCUUGUGGUGUAUGUGUGCAUGUGCGUAUGUUGGUGAAAAUGAGCUGAGACUGAGUACCUAGGAGAAGACUAGAAUCAUUUUUUAACAAAAACUUCCUCUCUUUGUCAAUUUUCUUCUGGACCGCCCUUUCAUCUGGGAACAUUUAUUUUGGGCUUCAAGAAAGGCUGACAGGAAAAGAUGACAGUAGAUGAGCAGCUACCAUCACCUCUUGGCCAUUUGCUCUGAGCAGCUAUUUAACGUUCCUACUGGUUCCCAUUUUCCUGGGAUGAGGGACUUCCCUCCUCUUACCCAAAUUUUCAAAGAUCCAGAAUAGACUGAGCAUUCCCAGGGAUCAAGUUUCAUCUUUUCCGAUGAGAAGGCCAAACAGCUGAUCUGGAACCAGUACUUGAUUGACUAACCCGAAGCGUGGCUAACAGCCAGGGCAUUUGCAACCUAGUUAAGUUAAUGUAUGUCAUGGGGGAGGGGGAAAUGAGCCUGAAUUACCUUUUAAUUACUUUUACUUUCUACAAACAAUUUAUCAUAGUUCCUGGCCAACUAUAACUUUUCUCAAUGUUUUUAAAAUGUUUAUUUAUGUAACAGUGCAAAUAACUGUAUUUUGUAAGUUUGUAAUCUGUCUUGUUGGGUUUUAACUUGAUGCCUCGUUUGCCUCUUUUUUUCCACUGAAGAAGGCCAACAUUUGGAAGCCUGUAUCAGCCUUCCACAACUUGAUGUCCACCAAACCUGUGGAAGUCCCGUUUCAAGAAUUCCAAAAUAGGCACAGUGAGCUUCUGGGGAUUCUGGGAGUUACAGUCCCAACAUAUCUAGGGGGCACCAGGUGGAAGAAAGGCUGGCCCAUGUUCCUAAAGAUAUAUGACAUAGAUUUGUCUAAAGAUUAAUUUCAGACAUGCCAGACACUUACAAACUAAGCAGUAUUAUUUGGAAACUAUCACCUAUGCAACACUGCAGAGGAAGUGAGGAUGCUUAACAGAAAGACAGGGACACAGAUUUGCCAAUUUCUAUGGAGAGUGUAUAAUCAGACACUAACCACUUGAAAAUUGAUGGCACCCCCCCUCCCCAUAUAAUCUUUUGAUUAGAUAAAGAUUUGCCUUACAAUAGUGAAAUAGAUAGAAGCCAUAACUGACUGAAUCCCAUUGUUUAGGGAUUUCCUGAUACUGUGAAAUUAAAGCGAAGAACCCAACCUGCCCUGGCAUGACACUAUUGCAGGGGAGUGAGUAUUCAGCAGUGCAAUGCAAGAUGCAGUGUCCAACUGUAGCUGACCAGCCUUCGGCUAUAAAAAUCCAGAAGCAUGUACAGAAUCAUUCUUGCACUAUCUCUUUCCCCCUUUGGAGGGGUUACAUUUAAUUUCAUAAAGAAAAUUGUAAAACUGA